AUUGCCAGAUAGUGGUUCCUUUACUGUUUGGUACAAUAAUGUGAGUCAGAUUGCAACACGCGCUAGAGCACAGAUUACAAGAAAUUCAUGAGGGACCGAGAAAGGUGUGUUCAUCUUAUCUCUGAAAGCACUCAGCAAUGUAAAGGUGUCUGCCGACCCUCCGUCACCUUCGCACUCCACCUGCUGGGACACAGCAUUUGACAAUCUCAAGGAAGCAGACAGGGAACAAUGGAUGCACUCAAGCCACCUGGGCCAUCAGAGGAUCACGAUGAAAGAAAUGACAUCAAAGAGCAAAAAGGGAGUCUUGGACACUCCACCCUGGCACUGGUGGAUGGGCAGCCAGAAGAGGAUGACCCUUGGGAUCUGCCUGAGCUGAAAGACACAGGGGUUCCAUGGUCAGCACUUGACACCAAAGGGAAGGUGCUGAGAGUUUUGGUGUCGGUGGCGAAACUGGCUGUGUUGCUGGGUCUUCUCUACAUGUUUAUCUGCUCCCUAGACAUCCUCAGCUCAGCCUUCCAACUUGUCGGAGGCAAAGCAGCAGGCGACAUUUUUCAAGACAAUGCUGUCUUGUCCAACCCUCUGGCUGGUCUGGUCAUUGGCGUCCUGGUCACUUUGUUGGUUCAGAGCUCAUCUACUUCAUCAUCCAUUGUUGUCAGCAUGGUUUCCUCUGGAUUGCUAACAGUUCAACUGGCUGUUCCAAUCAUUAUGGGGACCAACAUUGGAACCUCAGUCACCAACACACUAGUUGCAAUGACACAAGCUGGGGACCGGAGUGUUUUUCGCAGGGCGUUUGCAGGGGCCACAGUGCACGACUUCUUCAACUGGUUGUCAGUUCUGGUGCUGCUGCCUCUAGAGGUCGCCACUGGCUACUUGUACGUGGUCACCAAACUCAUCAUCGACUCAUUCCAGAUACAAAGCGGAGAGGCACCAGAUUUGCUAAAUGUAAUUACAGAUCCCCUCACAGAGUCCAUUAUAAAGCUGGACAAGACUGUCUUAAGUGAAAUAGCUACUGGAGAUCCAGCAGCCCGGAAUAAAAGUCUCAUCAAGAGGUGGUGCGAAACUUACACUAACAUGAGCACGGUAAAUGUGACCGUUCCUGGUCCAGAGAACUGCACCUCUCCUUCACUGUGCUGGACUGAUGGCAACUUCACCUCUACAUUGAAGAACAUUUCAGAAACAUACAACAUCAAGAAAUGUGAUCAUCUAUUUGUAGACGUGAAUUUGUCCGACCUGGCUGUGGGUCUCAUCCUUCUGGCUCUUUCUCUGCUGGUGUUGUGCUCCUGCCUGCUACUUAUAGUCAAGCUGCUCAACUCCAUGCUCAAGGGUCAAGUGGCCAUGAUCAUUAAGAAAAUACUAAACACAGAUUUCCCAUUCCCGUUUGGAUGGGUCACAGGAUACAUUGCAAUAUUAGUGGGAGCUGGAAUGACAUUCAUCGUGCAGAGCAGCUCUGUUUUCACCUCAGCCAUUACUCCACUUGUUGGUAUUGGCGUCAUCAGCAUACAGAGAGCAUAUCCACUGUCCCUUGGUUCUAACAUUGGCACCACCACCACAGCCAUCUUGGCAGCCAUGGCCAGUCCAGGAGAUACUCUGGGCAAUGCUUUACAGAUUGCCUUGGUUCACUUCCUUUUCAACAUCUCUGGAAUUAUUCUAUGGUAUCCAAUUCCAUUCACCCGAUUCCCCAUCCGACUGGCCAAAGGCUUGGGGAACAUCACGGCCUCCUACCGCUGGUUUGCUGGAGUCUACAUCAUCUUCUGCUUCUUUCUUCUACCUCUAUUUGUCUUUAGCCUGUCACUGGCUGGGUGGCAGGUCUUAGUGGGUGUGGCCUGCCCAUUAGUGGUCCUUCUCAUCAUCAUCAUUAUCAUCAACGUGCUGCAGAAGAGGAAACCCGGCUGUCUGCCAGCAGUGUUGCGCUCUUGGGACUUUUUACCUCUUUGGGCGCACUCGCUGGAACCCUGGGAUAAAGUGGUGGGUGUAAUCACCGCCAAUUGUUGCUGUUGCUGCAAAUGCUGUAACGUUGAGGAAAGUAAAGGGCAAGGCAACAAGGAGCGGCACAUAGAAGCGUACGAUAACCCUGCAAUGUGUGCUGACAAAGAAGUGGAAAAUGACUUUAAGAUCGAUUUAAAUAGUCAGACAGUGACCAAAUUUUGAGUUUUUCUUGCAUGUCAAAUAUAACAAGGCAAACUAUUGCACAAGAUUAUUAUAUUAUUUAUGUCUUCACUAGAUUAUUUAAUGUAAAAUGAACCAUGGAAUAACUAUGAACUGAUAAUAGCAAAUGCAUGACAAUGCUCUAACUCUACUACAGUAUAAAUAAUACCAGAUAUUUUUUUUUGCUGCUUUAAAACAUUCUUUCAAUUUCCAACAACUCUCAUUGUUUUCUAGAUUCUCAUCAGCCUCCAUUAUUGAUAUCUUGUAAAUGUUUUUAUGAAAAAACAACAACAACAACACAAAACUGUGAUUUCAAUCAACAUCUUUUUAAGGUGUGAAAUGUUUUUGUAAUCAUAAAAAGUGAUUAUAUUCAAAGAAUAUAUUUUUAAAAUUGGAUGAAUGUACAUCUAAAAUAAACCU